AUGUACUUCGUACUAGUGACCGUCGUUGUGAUACUUUUGCUCUUGUGGUACUGGUCCAAAACGGCGCAACGUACUUUGCAGGGAAUAGACGGACCAAAAGCAUAUCCGAUUAUUGGUUCCGCCCAUCUGCUUCUGGGUUCCGAGGAGCGUUCGUUUAGUGUUGUAUGUGCGCUGUAUAGUAAAUACGAUAAAAUCUUUCAAAUCCGGCUCGGUCCGAAGAACUUUCUCGGCCUGUCCGAUCCCGAUCUCAUUCAAGAAGUGCUUCACUCACCUUCUUGUCAAAAUAAGGCUUUCUUUUAUCGGUUUCUGGAGGUGGAUUAUGGACUAAUAUCGUCACGUUAUGUUGACUGGAAGGUGUACCGAAAGAUGCUCAAUCCUGCCUUCAAUCAGCGCAUCCUGAUCAGCUUCAUAUCGAUCUUUAGCCGGGCUGCAGAAAGGAUGGUAAAGCGGAUGGCGGAAGAAGAGAAGCAGGGCCGUGUUUUCGACCUGCUGCAUUACACAACCCAGAGCACGAUGGAAAUGGUGUGCGCCAGCUCGCUCAAAAGUGAUAUCAUGGAUGAUCCGAAAACAAUGGGAAUUUGUUCUGAUUUCGAGAAAAUCACCAGCAUCAUGGGCAGUCGCGUGUUGAACGUUCUGCUCCACAGUGACCUCUUGUUCGCCUUAACACCCAGAUACUGGGAAUUGCAAAAGCUUACCCAGCGGUUAAGGGAUACCUUUUCACCGAUUUUUUUAAAACGUCGAGCAGAGCUGCAACAGCAACGUGCCGAACUGGAAGAUGAAACCGACGAUUAUCGCAAACCGAUGGUUUUUUUGGAUCAAUUAUUAAACAUGCAACGGAAUAGUGCUGAACUUUCGAUAGAGGAGAUCGAAUGCCAUCUUUACACGAUACUGGGAGCAGGAACCGAAACAACCGCCAGUCAGGUGGCGUACAUUCUACUGCUGCUGGCGAUGCAUCCGGAAGUGCAGGAACGUGUUUGGGAGGAGAUUCGGUUCGUGUACGAUACGGACGCUCAGGAGAUAACGUACGAAACUCUUACUCGGCAGCUUUAUCUAGAGCAGGUGAUCAAGGAGUCUUUGCGACUGUUCCCGGUGGCUCCAGUGAUAGGGAGAGAAACUACCGAGCCGAUGUCGCUCGGUGGAUAUACAAUUCCUGCGGGUGUAACACUUCUUAUUAACAUCUUUCUCAUGCAUCGCCGAAAGGAUUUGUGGGGAGAAGGGGCCGAUUCGUUCGAUCCCGAUCGGUUCGACCCUCUAAUAUACAAAUCGCAAAAGCAACAUCCCUGUAGCUUCUUCCCGUUUGGUGGAGGACCGCGUAAUUGCAUCGGCUACAGGUACAGUAUGUUCGCGAUGAAGACAAUGGUCACUCAGGUGUUACGCAGGUACAAACUGAGCACACCAUUAACGCUGGACAGUACGCAGCGAUUGUCAUUUGCCGUAACACUGAAGCUUAGCGUGGGGCAUAUGAUCAAAAUCGAGCCAAGACACACUUGAUGUUCUAUCAUGAUCGCUGAUCGAAGGGAUCCUGGACACGAGCACAGAGCUUGUUCAAGGCAAGGGUUCAAAGAGAAUUGUGGAUUUUUUUACACAGUAUUCCCACCAUUCCCAGGUAGAAUUUGGAUCGAGAUAUUUACUUUCAAAUAUUAAAUCGAGAAUGAUAUUUAUUUACACAAUUUCCCUAGCUUGUUAAAUCCCACAGGUGUCAGGUAACGUAAAGAUUAGAAAAUGAUAGACAUGAUCGUAUCAGUAUGAUAUUCUAUAGAGUUCUCACGAUGAUCCAUUGUGAUGCGUGAGAUAAAGACAGUGAACUAGUGGUAUGAUGUAUAUCGGGCAAAUAGGUUGAGAAUCGUGAUCAGGAG